GUGGUCAUGGGCAUCGACUAGAGAAUUAGUCGACUGGUAGUAGCUGGGGUGGGGAUUGCUUCACGCUCGACCCUCACUUUGUCCUUCGGAGACCUGCGGCAUGGCGCCCAAGGCGCUUUCCCGAUGCAGUCUGGAGGGGACAAGCAACGAAUGGAUCGUGGCCGGCAGCUGAGCUCUAUAUAAUUCUAUAUGACUCCCCCUCCAUCCGUGCCUCUUCUGCUUGGGAUCAGCAGUGGAUAGAUCAGAUCGCAUCAUGGAUCCUUCGCCCUCCUUGGCCGCCUCUUCUUCCACCAGCUCCGUCCACACCUACCUCGAUGUCGACGACGGUGAAUGGAUGCAGGGAUACCCGCUGGACCAUGGUCUUCACAGUGCGAUCACUAGUGACUCGGACUACGAGGGCGAUGUCGAGGCAGCAUCGCGGUUUCGCCCGGAGCGACCGCGAGGCCCGCAGCAGAGGUGGUGGAAGAAUUGGGGGAUGCGGGGAAUGGCUCUUAUCGGGGCCUCCUUAUCAACCACCACCACCACCACAAAGCCUCGGGUUCCUCGCGGGUCCGCAGCUGCUCGGCCUCUGCUCGCUUCAGCCACGUCGAUAACGGCCAGCUGCAAAUCCUCGCCGCGACAGUAUCGGAGGCUCAGGUUUCUGUCGCGUUGUCUGUGCUACCCAUUCCUGGGCAUUUUCGUCAUGCUAGGCGUCGUCCAGUUUAUCUCCAUUGCUUGCGGCAUUAUCAUCUCCUUCUUCCCCGAUGAAAUCGACCGUGCCACCGAGCGGUGGCGUCACAGCGAUCCAGGACCCACCAUGGACAUUCUGCAUUGGCCAACAGACAUCUCCAGAGAUAUUGUUCCGGUGGGAUGCCACUCCCAUAACGACUACUGGCGUCCCAUCCCGUUGUACUCCGCUCUCCAGGCCGGCUGUAUCGGUGUGGAGGCCGAUGUGUGGCUCGUCGACCACGACCUCUACGUCGGCCAUAAACGGUCCUCCUUGACGCCUCAGCGGACCCUGCAGAGCAUGUACAUCGACCCGUUGUUGCGCAUUCUUGAACAGCAAAACCCCAUCACCGAAUUCCAUCCGCUUCGCGACCAACCGCCGCAAGGGGUGUUCGAUACCGAUCCAUCGCAAACCCUAAUUCUGCUGAUCGAUUUCAAGACCGACGGUCAGGAGACCUGGCCCUACGUGGAUGCCCAGCUCGCGCCCUUCCGCGAACGCGGCUAUCUCUCCUACUUCAACGGCACCGACCUCAUCCCCGGCCCCAUCACCGUCGUGGGCACCGGCAACACGCCCUUCAACCGGGUCAUCGCCAACACCACCCACCGGGACAUCUUCUUCGACGCCCCGCUCGACAAGCUCGCAGACGAUGACGACAGCCUGCUGAACAACAACCAGGGCGGGAAUGCACUAACCGCCCGCGUCGCAGAAAAUGUCGGUCAGGGUCUGUCCGGUAUCUCCGAAGGAGAGAUCCGCCCGGACACCUUCGACUGGACCAACAGCUACUACGCCUCCGUCUCGUUCAAAAAAUCCAUCGGCAUGCCCUGGUCCUUCCGUCUCGGCGAGCGCCAAGUCGAGAAAAUGCGCGCCCAGAUCCGGGGCGCUCAUCGUCGCGGCCUGAAAGUCCGGUACUGGGGCGUGCCCAGCUGGCCUCGGAGUCUGAGAAACCAUCUCUGGAGCAUGUUCGUCCGCGAAGGCGUCGACUUUCUCAACGUCGAUGAUCUUCAAAGCGCCACUCGGAAGGACUGGCAGCCGCGCAUCUCAGAUUGGUGGAAUUGAGUUGACCAAACCCUCUCUCUCGCUAUCUAUCUCCCCUCCUUACACCCUCCUUUCCUUUCCUUUUCCCUUUAGCUUCUCCCAGUUUCGAAUAUCUUCACCCACACGUUCAUUCCAUGUCUAGAGAGACGAUUGCACAUUGCGACGGCGUUUCGGUUUUGGUUUCCUUUGUGUUAGGUAGAUACCCACAUGAUGACUUGGUCUGUGGUUUUUGGGUUAGG